UAAAGACACGCUUUAAUACACGUCUUACAAAAUCAUUAAUAAUCUGCAUAUCAACGAUUAUUACAUGGUGUCAGAAGUGAAAAUAUCAAUUGCAAACUAAAAAGGAACAAAAUGGAGCGAGUUCUACAAGAAAUCGACUGCUCAAUGCUGGCAUAUGAGUGGCCAAAAUGGAAGAGGUCGUUUAUCAUGUACAUGAUGGCGUCAGGCAAAGACUCAGAGCCAGAAGCCAAAAAGAUUGCCACAUUCCUAUGGUUGGCUGGAUCAAAGGUCACGGAAAUAUGCAGUACAUUGUUUCCCAACGAUGGAACCGCACAUGGCAUGGUCGGCACCAUGGUGACGUCUUCAGACCCGUCUACCUCUGCCGCGGUCGUCAGCCGUACACUGGAGGACGUACUAAAGGCAUUCGAUGACUACAGCAUCCCGUUCCGAAACAUCACAAUGGAAUCCUACAAAUUCAACAACAUUGUUCAAACUGAGGGACAGCCUUUCAUAGAGUUUGAGACGCAACUCCGCAAGCAGGUACAGUUAUGUGACUACAAAUGUGACAGUGGCCGAACAUACGAAGAACGUAUGUUGCUAGACCGCUUCAUAAUUGGCAUUCAAGAUAAAAGGCUGCAGCUUAAACUCCUUGAAUCAAAAAACAAUAAACUCGAGGAGAUCAUCACUGAGUGCAAAGCCUUUGAAGCGGCCGCAAAAAACAAUGAAUUUCUACGGAAUCCCCAUUAUGAAAAGUCCGUUGACGCAGUUGUCCGUCGCUGCUAUAAUUGCGGAGCAAUUUUCAACCCGAAUCAUCUUUCCGACUGCCGUGCAAAGGAAAUGGCAUGUUACUAUUGCGGAAAAAUUGGACAUUUUUCCAAGUACUGCAAGGAUAACAACAACAUCAGCAACAAACGAGUGGAUAACAACAACUACAAAAGCAAGCAGAUAGAUGUGGAUCGCAAGCAAACAGCCGGAGCAGUUAUUAAUUGUAUAGAAUCAGGUAAAAAAUAAGCGAGUGCGGGCUAAACAGAGUAAGAUGGACGAAAACAUAUAAAAUAAAUGGAAAAAAUGUUACGUUUAAAGUGGACACAGGCGCUGAUGUUAACUGCAUCCCAAGUGAUUUAGUUAAAGAAUUAAAACUUGAAGUUAAAAAAGAAAACAUUCUAAUUUUUCGACUAUAAUAAUGUUAAAGUUAAUAAUUUUGGAAAAGUUAAAGCAAACUGUUAUGAUCUGAUUUCAGAAACAGCAAAAUGUAUUGAAUUUUUAGUUGUUGAUGCGAAAUGUGAACCACUAUUAGGUCUUAAGUCCUCUGUAGAAUUAAAACUCAUUAAACAUUUAAAUAUUGAUUCAAUAUGUAGAUUACCU